GGAUGAAAGCUGGUCUGAAGAGGACUUAUAAUGGCAUCACUCAGGAUCAGUUAGAGAUCAGCAACCUGCCUCAGUGGAAACCUCUGCUGUACGCUGUGGCCUUCCUGCACACUACUGUACAGGAGCGUCGUAAGUUCGGUCCUCUGGGCUGGAACAUCCCCUACGAGUUCAACCAGGCAGAUUUCACCUCCAGCAUGCAGUUUGUCCAGAACCACCUGGAUGAGCUGGACUCUAAGAGAGGCGUGAACUGGAGCUGCCUGCGCUACAUGUUGGGUGAGGUCCAGUAUGGCGGCCGUGUGACCGAUGACCUGGACAAACGUCUCCUGAACACUUUCACUCGUGUGUGGUUCAGUGAGAACACCUUCAGUGAGAAGUUCUUCUUCUAUAAAGGCUACAGCGUCCCGACCAAGGCCAAGACCGUCCAGGAAGUCCUGCAGCACAUCGAGGCUCUGCCAUUGGUCGACUCGCCUGAGGUGUUUGGGCUUCACCCCAACGCUGACAUCACCUACCAGACCAACCUGGCCAAUGAGACGCUCAGCACCAUCAUCAACAUCCAACCCAAGGACAGCGGGGGCGGGACCGGAGAGACCAGGGAGGCCAGUGUGCAGAGACUAGCCAAUGAGAUGCUGCAGAAGCUACCACCUGACUACGUCCCUCAUGAGGUCAAAGGUCAGCUGCAGAAGAUGGGUCCGCUCCAGCCAAUGAACAUCUUCCUGCGGCAGGAAGUAGAUCGCAUGCAGAGAGUCAUCAGCAGCGUACGGAGCACGCUCACUGACCUCAAACUGGCCAUCGAUGGAACCAUCAUCAUGUCGGAGGACCUGCGCGACGCUCUCGACUGCAUGUUUGACGCUCGGAUCCCUCGUCUGUGGCUGCGGCUCAGCUGGCCGUCGGCUACGCUGGGCUUCUGGUUCAGUGAGCUGCUGGACAGGAACCAGCAACUCAGCGGCUGGAUCAGCACCGGACGGCCAAACCAGUUCUGGCUCACCGGCUUCUUCAACCCACAGGGCUUUUUGACCGCCAUGCGUCAGGAGACGACGCGCUCCAACCUGUCUCGAGGCUGGGCCUUGGAUACGGUCACCCUUAGCAACGACGUUACCAAGAUGAUGAGGGAGGAUGUGUCGGCCCCGCCCCCAGAGGACAUGGGCGGAGUCUACAUCUACGGCCUCUUCCUGGAUGGAGCGGGAUGGGACCGACGCAGCGCCAAAAUCACUGAGUCCCCGCCGAAGGUCCUCUUCACUCCGCUGCCUGUGGUUCACGUCUACGCCGUCAGCUCAGCCAACAUGGCCGACAGUAAGCGCGGCGGCGAGGCGGUCAGCCUGUAUUCAUGUCCGGUUUAUAAGAAACCGCGACGGACCGACCUGAACUUCAUCUUCUCGCUGCAGCUGAGGAGCUCGCAGCCGGCGGAGCAUUGGACGCUGCGAGGAGCCGCGCUGCUCUGCGACUGCAAGUAAUGACAUCAUAAUGACCUCUGACAUCAUAAUGACCUCUGACAUCAUAAUGACCUCUGACAUCAUAAUGACCUCUGACAUCAAGUCACAUGCAGAGGAACAAGGAGG